AUGUCGUCACAACCGUUUCAAGAGUUAGGAGUCGCAAAAUGGCUCAGCGAGUCACUAGAAGCAAUGAAGAUACAUAAACCCACAUCUAUUCAAGCUGCAUGUAUACCGGCAAUACUCAAAGGUCAAGAUUGCAUUGGGGGUGCCAAAACUGGUUCAGGAAAAACUAUCGCAUUCGCAGCACCAAUGUUGACGCAGUGGUCGGAGGAUCCUUACGGCAUCUUUGGAUUGGUACUCACUCCAACUAGAGAGCUUGCAUUGCAGAUUGCAGAACAGUAUACGGCGUUAGGGGCACAAAUGAAUAUAAAAGUGUGUGUCGUUGUUGGAGGUGAAGAUUUUGUGAAGCAGGCAUUGGAGUUGCAAAAGAAACCCCAUUUUGUUAUUGCCACCCCCGGAAGGUUGGCAGAUCAUAUCUUAAAUAGCGGGGAGGAAACAAUUAGUGGCUUGAGAAGAGUUCGAUACUUGGUCUUGGAUGAAGCAGAUCGAUUGUUAAGUAAUAGCUUUAGCAGCGACUUGGAACGAUGCUUUUCUGUCCUACCAUCCAGCGACAAAAGGCAAACUUUGUUGUUUACAGCCACUGUUACUGACUCGGUCAAGGCAUUGAAGGAAAAGCCACGCCCGACUGGGAAACUCCCAGUAUUUAUGCAUGAAGUAGAUACCGUUGACAAAGUUGCUAUUCCAUCUACAUUGCUGAUUGAAUACGUGUUUGUGCCCUCCUACGUUAAAGAAGCAUAUCUACAUAGCAUUUUACUAUUGCCAAAGUACAAAGAGUCAACUGCAGUUGUGUUUGUUAAUAGGACUGUGACUGCUGAAGUUUUGAGACGAGCAUUGAGAAAGACGGACUUUAGAGUGGCUUCAUUGCAUUCAGAAAUGCCACAAUCUGAGAGAACAAACUCGCUACAUAGAUUCAAAGCAGGCGCGGCAAGAAUUCUCAUUGCUACUGAUGUUGCAUCGAGAGGUUUAGACAUUCCUACGGUUGAACUUGUCGUCAAUUUCGAUAUACCCGCUGAUCCAGAUGAUUUUAUUCAUAGAGUAGGUAGAACUGCAAGAGCUGGUAGAAAAGGUGAUGCUAUCAGUAUCAUUGGUGAAAAGGAUAUAGAAAGAAUUCAAAGUAUCGAGGAAAGGAUUAAUAAGAAGAUGGAGUUGUUGGAAGAAAUAAACGAUGACAAGGUCAUUAAGGACUCGUUGAAUGUGAUGACCACGGCCAAGAGAGAAGCGAUGCUGGAGAUGGAAAAGGAAGGAUUUGGAGAGAAAAGAAAGAUUAACAAGCGAAAGCACCUCAAGGAAGAACCUAGUGAGCUCAGGAAAGUGAAAAAAUCCAAAUCUAAAAAAUAA